CAUCCAAACAACUCCAGGAACAGCAUUUUCCAGGAAAACAAAAGAAAAAGUUGCGAAGAUCGAUCUACGAUGAAGAGAAACAAGAAUACAUCAUCUCUUGUAUUUUUCAUAUUUGUUAUAGUAGCUGCCUUCACUAUGUUUGCUAUAAUUUCAGUAGAAGCAAGAAAGCAUCACAAUUACAAGAAAAAUAAACAUAAUUAUAAUAAGCACCAAAAGGACAAGAGUCAUGGUAAUGGCAAUCACAAUGCUCCAACACCAGCACCAGCACCAGCACCAGCACCAGGCUCUCUUCCUCAUUAUGGUUCUUACCCCACACAAUCCACGAUUUUCGAUAUUUUGUCAUUUGGAGCCAAGGGUGAUGGAGUUUCUGAUGAUUCUCAGGCACUUGUAGAUGCAUGGAAAGCAGCCUGCAAGGUGCCUAGGGCUACCAUUAAAAUUCCAGCAGAAAUUAAGUUUCUGAUCAAGCCCAUAACUCUUCAGGGUCCAUGUAUGCCUCAUCUUGUUCUUCAGAUAGAUGGAACUGUGUUGGCUCCACCUGAAGUAAGUUCAUGGCCUAAAUCGAACCUUUUUCAAUGGUUCAAUUUCAAAUGGGUACAUGACUUCACAAUUCAAGGCCCUGGCACUGUCAAUGGUCAAGGAUCUGAUUGGUGGACUCCUUCUAAUAUCUAUUUUAUUCAGAAGAAAUCCAAACACGUCCCUUAUAUGAAACCAACAGCUCUGAGAUUCUAUGCUAGUUAUAAUGUAACAGUUCGUGACAUUGAAAUCAUAAAUAGUCCGCAAUGCCAUCUCAAAUUUGAUAAUUCUAAGGGAAUCAAAGUUAAUAAUAUUACAAUUUCUUCACCAGAGAAUAGCCCAAAUACUGAUGGAAUUCACUUGCAGAACACACAAGACGUAGAAAUUCAGCAUUCUAAUAUUGCCACUGGAGAUGACUGUAUUUCCAUACAAACUGGUUGCUCCAAUAUCCAUGUCCAUCAUAUUAACUGCGGUCCAGGACAUGGCAUCAGUGUAGGAGGACUUGGAAAGGAUAAAAGUGUUGCAUGUGUCUCUAACAUUGUUGUGGAAAAGAUCACACUGCACAAUACUCUAGCCGGAGCUAGAAUAAAAACAUGGCAGGGAGGAAUUGGAAUUGUUAAAAAUAUAUCAUUUACGAACAUCCAAGUAAUAGAUGUGAAGUACCCGAUAAUAAUUGAUCAAUUCUAUUGUGACAAACAUUUCUGUAAGAACCAAACAGAAGCUGUGGAAAUUUCAGGUGUUAAGUACGAUCAAAUAAUUGGGAGCUACACAGUUCAACCUAUUCAUUUAGCUUGCAGUGACAAAGUACCGUGUUUGGAUGUUGACCUUAUUGAUAUUCAGUUGAAACCUUCUUUAGGACAAAGAAGUUCACAACAGGCACUGUGCUGGAAUUCUUAUGGGAAAUCACAAGCACCACUUGUUCCUUCAAGUAUAGAUUAUUGCUUAAGAAGAGAUAUCGGUGGCUCUGUUAAAAGAACAGCAAGGUCACAUGAGCAUGUAUGCUAGCCAGUCAUAUAUGACUCACAGAUAUUAGUAAUUUAAUAUACUUUUCUUUCUUUCUUUCUUCUUUUUCUUUUUUUAUUUCUCUUUUUCCAGCUUAAAUGUUUUCUGUUAGAUGCUUCCCUUCUGCAAUUUUUUUUAAUGUGGGAAGGUGAUGAUUUGUAAUAGUUAUUUUAAU